AUGGAUCACUCCAACAUCUACAGACGACGAGGCUUCCAGUCUGGCAACAUUUUGGGAGACCCGUUUGCGCUCGCCACCACGUCUAUUGCUUUUCUUGCGUGGCUUAUCACCAUUGUCGGAUGCGUCAUCGGCCAGAUUCAAGAGACAUCCGACGACCCAUUCCCCAAGUUCGCUUGGUGGGCAAGUAUAUACAGCUUCUUCCUGAUCAUCGGCAUUUUCUAUGUUGUCGGCAGCGACACAAUUCAAACCUAUCAUGUGGCGAUUACGGGAUACACUGCUGGAGGCAUGGUGCUGGUAACCUCGUCCGUCAACUCGCUGGUAUACUCAAAGAACGGAGCUAGAGAGGCUGCGGCUGCUGGCUUUAUCCUCCUGUCCAUGGUUGUGCUCGUGUGGACUCUGUACUUUGGAUCAACACCUUCUGCUACUCCCCGUGCUUUCCUGGACUCCUUCGCCCUGACCAAGGAAUCGGCCACCAUGCAGCGACAAACCAUGAGCAACUAUGGCGGAGGCAUGGGCCGUCCCGAGACGUCCAAUUCUGUCCAGCCUCCGCAAAUGUACACAUCUGCCCAGCUCAAUGGCUUCGAAAAUCCUUCUCCCGUUGGCGGCGCCUCUCAAGUCGGUGGAGGACGCGGCUCCAACGUUCCUGGCUUUGGUGCUGGACCGGCCCAGAUCAAGGUGACGGGCCCUGACGCUGAAGUAGUACCACCCACCGAAUAUCCCUAUCGAGCAAAGGCCAUUUACAGCUACGAGGCCAACCCCGACGACGCCAACGAGAUCUCCUUCGCAAAGCACGAAAUCCUAGAAGUAUCCGAUGUCAGUGGUCGAUGGUGGCAAGCGCGAAAAGAAACCGGAGAGACUGGUAUCGCACCCAGCAACUAUCUCAUUCUGUUAUGA